AUGACAACCAGAUUGCAGGGGAGCAGAGCAGAGAGUGAGUGAGAGAGAGACUGGGAGAAAGAAAGAACUCAACAACCCGUUCAGUUUCAGAGAGAGAACAGAGAAUAUCAGCCAGCGCAUGUUUUAUUUUACAGCUUCAUACUCGGCAUCUUGUGGCAAAUUCCGACUUUAGAAAUGUAGUUGGAUACAAAGAAAACCUGAGAAGAAUACGCCAAUGUGUUUUUGAAAACAAAAGCGUUAGCAUAAACGUUUCCUGUUUCUUGACAUCGUAGUAGAACGGAGACCCCCUUGGUUUGAACUCUGCGCUCCUCUCCAGUUUUGUGAAGAUCACUGUCUGCUGCAGUCCAACCAUCAAGAUGUGUGACCUGAUGCCAGCUUCGCAACCUGCUGAAAAAAUCGGCAAAAUGAAAAAGUUGCGAAGAACUUUGUCAGAGAGCUUCAGUCGCAUAGCUUUCAAGAAAGAGGACAGUGGCUUUGAUGAGAUAUGUGUCACAAAGAUGUCCACACGCAGCGGCCAGGGAAAGGACUCGGUCAUCACGCCCCUGGACACCAUCCCUGAGGACAGGAAGGUAAGGGUUCAGCGGACACAGAGCGGUUUCGACGCCUUCGAGAAACCCGCCAGCCAGGUGAAGAGGGUGCACUCAGAGAACAAUGCCUGUAUCUCCUCCAAGGCCUCUUCUACUGGGAAAGAGUCGCCCAAACUGCGCCGACACUCCAGCCCCAGUUCUCCCACAAGCCCCAAGUUCGGGAAGGCUGAUUCCUAUGAGAAGCUUGAGAAGCUGGGAGAAGGCUCGUACGCCACAGUAUACAAAGGGAAAAGCAAGGUGAACGGCAAGCUGGUAGCCCUGAAAGUGAUUCGUCUGCAGGAGGAGGAGGGGACACCGUUCACCGCCAUCAGAGAAGCGUCUCUUCUGAAAGGUCUGAAGCACUCCAACAUCGUGCUGCUCCAUGACAUCAUCCACACCAAGGAAACCCUGACGCUGGUCUUUGAGUAUGUGCACACAGACCUGUGCCAGUACAUGGACAGGCACCCAGGAGGACUGCAUCCAGACAAUGUCAAGUUGUUCCUGUACCAGUUGCUGAGAGGUCUGUCCUACAUCCACCAGAGGUACAUCCUGCACCGUGACCUCAAGCCUCAGAACCUGCUCAUCUCUGACACUGGAGAACUCAAACUGGCCGACUUCGGUCUGGCACGGGCUAAGUCAGUCCCCAGCCACACCUACUCCAAUGAGGUGGUGACCCUGUGGUACCGCCCCCCUGAUGUCCUCCUGGGAUCCACAGACUACUCCACCUGCCUGGACAUGUGGGGUGUGGGCUGCAUCUUCAUCGAGAUGAUCCAAGGAGUGGCAGCUUUCCCUGGGAUGAAGGACAUCCAGGAUCAGCUGGAGAGGAUAUUCCUGGUCCUAGGCACCCCCUGUGAGGAUACCUGGCCAGGGGUCCACUCUCUGCCCCACUUCAAACCUGACAGCUUUACUGUCUACAGUUCCAAGAAGCUCAGACAAGCAUGGAAUAAGUUGGGCUAUGUGGACCAUGCUGAGGAGUUAGCCUCUAGGUUCCUCCAAUGCUUCCCAAAGAACCGUCUGUCUGCUCAGGCAGCUCUCCAGCAUGAGUACUUCAGCCACCUUCCUCCACGGCUCUGGGAGAUCUCAGACAUGGCUACUAUCUUCACGGUACCAAAUGUCAAGCUGCAGGUGGAGUCAGGUGACAGUAUACAGGUGUGUACCAGGACCAUCUCCAGCCAUGCUAAAGGACCGUCCAGCAGCAAACACUGACCGGGGCAGACUGCCCCACAGCUAGCCAGGUUGCUGCUGUGGUCAGUCCAAGAGAGAAGGACAAAGACACUGAGAUGGAGGAACCACCGGGAUCACAUUCCCUCUUCUGUUUCUUUAACGUAUUACCUUUCCAACCGUGUGUGUGUGUGUGUGUGUGUGUGUGUGUGUGUGUGUGUGUGUGUGUGUGUGUGUGUGUGUGUGUGUGUGUGUGUGUACAUUUUGGUGGGUGACACCUCCAAUUUCAGUUUUAUAAUUUGCCAUUUUUGUUGACUUUUAUAAUGUUAUGAUACUCAUAUAUCGUUGACACAUUUACAAUACCCUUAAUCAUCAAGGGACUUUACAAUACUAUUGAUACAUACUGUGGCUUGUGUUUCUAACUACCUAUGUGAGAAUGUAUAUUUGUAUGUACAGUAUACUCAUAUUUAGAAAAUAUAUCACGGACUCCAAGAAAGCUUAAAUUCUUUCACUAACAUGCUGCACUUGCAUGUAUUCACGCACACAUGCACAAACUCACACGUACAAACUCACACGUACAUACACACGCGUACACACACACACGUACACACACACACGUACACACCCACACGUACACACACACACGUACACACCCACACGUACACACACACACGUACACACACACACGUACACACCCACACGUACACACACACACGUACACACACACACACGUACACACCCACUGGACAGUUUCACUCACACUCACAACACAAACUUGAACUGAGAAUGACAAGCGGUGGUAAUGUUUCUCUUUAACUUUGAACUGUUCCUCCUCUGUAACUGUCAGGCCAGGGUCAAAUGGCAUCAAAUAAUAAUAAUAAUCAUAAGAGCAAUGGUAGUAAUACUGUAAUAGUGAUACUGGUGAUAAUAAUCCGUUAGUCUCUGCUGGAGAUGAUGCAUACCAACAAAGCAAUGAGCGUUGAUGACAUCGUGAAGAGUCACGUUAUAUGGUACAUUCGCUGUGGUUCGUCUCAGCGUAUGUGGGUGUGUUAUAUCUGUGUGGUUGCGUGUGCAUCAAACAUGGGCAAUAUGGGCUAUACCCUUCAUUGGUGCUUCCAUGUAGGCCAUGAGGUACUGUUAUCUAUACUGCAUCCUGUUGUACACUGUAUCUAGAUGGUAAAACACAAUGGCAAUAGGCUCAGUGGGAUUUUGAUCUCUUGGUUACUUCGACCCGUGACAAUCCUCUUGUCCUUCACGUUCUUUGAUGGCGUCACCAUCCAGUAAUGUACUGUAUUUCAGUCAUCACAAAUGUUAUUAGACGAUUGCGUCAUCGUCUGUUUGUCUCAGCUAUCACGUUAAUAAAAAUAUUAGGAGCACUUUUUAUGAUAUCGCAUGAUAUUGAUCUAACAAAUACUUUUGUUUCUUGGGUACUAUGUUACAUUGGCUGGUACAAAGAUGUCUUUGUGUUCGAUUUUCAGCUGGGGGUUGUUUUGUGUAAAAAUACCUGCUCAUAUUAGUCAUGUGUGAGCUAGGUAAUAUAGCAAUGACCAGUAACAUGGAGAAUAUGGGUUCCCGUUUUAUGGAUGGAUUUGAAAUCUACCACUAAUCUGAAUUGCCUGUACUGUGCACAAGUAGAGGGGGAGGAGAGUUAUGAGUUAGACAUCAUAGACACACACUAACUAUCAGGAGAGAUUAGUUUUCUUAAUCCACAUUGACACCCUUAGAAAGACAUGUACACACACACACACACACACACACAUGAGAACACAUGAGAGACAGUCACAGGUAUAAUACUGUAGACACUUGGCCACACACAGUCCUUCUCCACCCCUGCCUCACCUGCUAGUCUAUCAUAGAGGGAGAAGGACGAGGAAGAGGAGGAGGAGACAUUAAAAAUAAAUGACUCUUGUAGAAGGCUUUGACAUGAUUCGGCAUAUGGCCAAGUCCGUGUAAUGGUACAGCUUUAAUUGUCCCACCAUCUCUAGUGGGGUUUGGUGUGAUAUAGAGCAGGCGAGGCAAAGACAGAGAAACACAGUGAUAGUGACGACUUGUGUCAUUAGCUUUUUGAGAAUGCACUUUUGGAAUAUAUUUGCCCUACUGUACAUUCCAGCUUAUUAAAAAUGUCACUUUUUGCACCUGUGUUGUCCUUAAUCACAUGCCCUUGCCUGCACAGACUAGAAAUAUCAGUGCCCUCCCUUGGCAACCUUAAUAUAGGCCAACACACCACAGUUUCCAACCCCAGUGAUGCACAGACUUUUUAAGGAAAACUACUACAGACACUUAAAGUGAUUUCAUAGGACUUCAGUGUCAUUCCUGGUGUGACAAGUGAUUCUGUGUCAUGGUAGUGAGGAAGGGAGGAGAAUCUAGAGUGGCGUCUUAAUGUGACUAAAGCAGCGUGACAGAGGAGGGUUAAUACCAGAGAGCUCUGCUGAGAUAGAUCGCCCAGCUCGCUCUGCUCGGCCUUGCAUGGCUUUAUGGGAUACAGGAGGUAUUAGCAGCUGAAUCAUUAUUGUUGAUACGUUACUCUCCUGCUUUCUGUCUGUGUGGCAUUUCACUUUUCUUUCCUCCCCUUUUUAUUUUGAGCCAUUGUGUCCCAGAAGUUUCUUCCUUUGCCGCCUGCCUGCGACGUCACAUAAACAUGAAAAUACUGUAUAUGUAUUGGACUGCCUGCCUGCCUGCCUGCCUACCUACCUGCCUGCCUGCCUGCCUGCGUGGGUGGAGUUCCUGAAAGCUCUUUUUUUCUCCUUUGGGAAUUAAAAGCAUUUCUCUAUGAAGGGAAAUCUUGGGAAAGAAGUAGUGAAAUUGCACAUUGAGCACUGUGACGGUCCAAAUGAUUAACAAUUGAAUGGGGCCCACUAUCAUUUGAAUGUUACCAUUGGUUCUUGCUUGUUAAGGUCAACUUCCAAAUGUUAAAAAAAAAUGCAUUUACAAAUACACCAUUCAAAUCUGAAUUGGGGAAUGGCUUAAGAUUGAUCUGCUUGCUAUAUUUGUCAUGCUACGGAAUGUGUACAUUUUGAGUCAUAUUUUGAGUUACAUGUCAAUAUUUAAUCAUUUUGUAUCCUUUGUUAUAAACUGUCUUACUAGGCUGUAUAUAAAAGGGGAGGUGAAACGCCUUGUGUAAAAUGUAAUAGUGACUAUGUUUGCGUACAUACAGGGUCACGCGUGUCUCCUUUGCGCCAUAAAAGAGAGGAUUCGUAUUAAAUAUAUAUGGAUAUAUACACAUACAGUAUUUUUUGGGCCUUGUCAGUUUCUUAACUGCGUAGACGUACAGUAUAUGUUGGGAAAGGCGUUUUGGAACCAGACAUGCAACCCCCGCUGUACUCAACACUGAAUCUGUGUUUUACAGUACAAAAAAAAGCUUCUCUUGCGUAUCUAUUUUUUCUUUUUUUGUAUAAUGCUCUGAAAAUACAUCAUUUUUCACAAGUGGUUUCGGACAUAGAAGAACUGUUACCGGUCACUUUAUAAACUGAAACUUAGGAUAUAAUAGUAGAAUAGCUGUUGCAUUACCUAUUUGUUACGACCUGUAUGUAAUGUUAUUAUGGAAGAUGUAAUGUCCUUCUGUAAAUGUUGUUUAUUGUUGGUUUACCUGAAAUAAAUAAAGUUUAUUAAUGCUU